AAAAAAAUAAUAGUUAAUAGAACCCUUUCAACCUGACAGACACCGAGCAGGAAGCCUUUCAACACAUCCACAUUGUUGUUAAGCAAUUGUGAAAAAUUGCACAGGACACGUUUUAGUAGAACUAGGCUUGCACAGUGCUGUAGAGCUUGUAAUAUUAUAAAGCCUCUGACAAAAGUUGGGCAAUGUGUAGAUUAUAUGUGCUGGUCUUUAGAUCUGUUCAAUUGUAUUGCCCAUUAGCUUACAGUUUUUUAAUCAAAGAAGAACCCAAUAGAAUACUUGGGAAUCGUCUGUUCCAGCCACACAAGGGCAUGUUUUAAUCACAAGCUAUACACCACAUGUGAAACCAUGAUUUUGACACACACAGGACGGAAGCACACUACCACACUCAACUAUGAAACAGUCAACACUGUCACCAAAAUCCCAGGUCAACAAUACUUCCCCAUCACCACCAUACUCCCACAAGGGGGAGGGAAUCUUUGAUGUUACGGGGAUCUCCUUCUCAACGUCAUGUGGCGCUGCUUGGACCGUGCGGAUCCAGUGAAACUCGCUGAAGACCAAGGGUUGACGCCGGGCAAAUAUGCUUGAAUGCUACAGCAGUGGGAGGGUUCGGUAAAAGCCCACCGCUCUCCUGUUCUCGGCUGUUCAAUGGGAGGAGCCAGUCGGCGUAUUGAGCUUGGAGACAGAGGGUCGACAGAAGGCCUACGUGACUGACUGGGUAAUGGGGCCGGAGAGACAGGAAGUCAGCUCGUGAUGUGGAUCAGCACCCCGUCGUCCGAGGACAUAUAACGCGCAAGAGAGAGACAAGAGACAGACGGGAGGAUUUUGCUCUUUUUGUUUCACUUUUUUUAUUGUUGCUUUUGUUGGCCAGUGGCAUCCUUAUCAAACAUGGCUUCCACUUGCUGGAAAUAUUCAUGUCACAGACGCCUGCUUCACUCUACCACAGGGCCGCUCUCUCUUCUCCCGCAAGGCAAACCGUGAAGAGACGGAAACCCUUUAAAAACCACACACGCGCACCCACACCCACACAUACACACACACACACACACACACACACACACACACCUUUCUGACUGCAUGAGUGUUGGGCUGGCGGUGCGGUUUGGCUCCAGACGAUGAAGAGACCCAAGCAGCAGUCCCAGCCCCUCAGCUUCCUCAGCUUCUUCAGCCGCAAGCCCAAGGCAGAGUCCCGCAUCGAGAAGCCCCCGGGAGCCGCCGCCAGUCCAGAGGUCUCCAUCACUCUAACACCCAACAAUGAGCAAGAUCCAGCGGAGCAGGACCAGAGUGCAUCAGUAGAAGGCCAGCAUGGAGUGGAGAUGGCUGGCAGCGGAGUGGUGGGCGGUGGAGGCCAGGAGAGAGCGAGAGGAGAGAUCCCUGCUGCUGCUGCUGCCUCUGCUGCAUGCUGCCCCGGAGAGCAGGAGCCAGGGCAGGAGGGGGCCCCCGCUAGGGUCCACUGCCACCAGGGAGCGCCGGGGGCCUCAGCUGACUGUGGCAGCGGAUCGGGAUCCGGAUCAGGAUCUGGAUCUGGGUCAGGAUCGGGCUCCACGGGCGUGUUGACUCUCUCGCUCUCCAGCCAAGACCAGCUGCAGAUGGAGCACCUGGAGGAGUGUCCCCUGUGCCUGCUGAGCCAGCCGCGCAGCCACUUCCCACGCCUGUCCUCGUGCCCGCACCGGGCCUGCACCGACUGCCUGCGCCAGUACCUGCGCAUCGAGAUCUCCGAGAGCCGCGUGGGCAUCGCCUGCCCGCAGUGCCCUGAGGCGCUAGCGCUGCCCGACGUGCGCGCCAUCCUGGACGACAGCAGCCUCCUGGAGCGCUUCGAGGAGUACCAGCUUCGCCGCUUCCUGGCCGCCGACCCGGACACGCGCUGGUGCCCCGCGCCCGACUGCAGCUACGCGGUGAUUGCCUACGGCUGUGCGGAGUGUCCCAAGCUGAGCUGUGGGCGCGAGGGCUGCCAUACGGAGUUCUGCUACCACUGCCGGCAGCUGUGGCACCCGGACCAGACGUGCGACCAGGCGCGGCGCCAGAGAGCGCGCUACACCACCGGCGCAGAGGCCUCCACGCUCUACGUCUUCAACGAGGAGCAGUGCGGAGAUGCGGAGGAGAUCAAGGCUUGUCCUCGAUGCGGUGCCUACAUCAUGAAGACCAACGAUGGCAGCUGCAACCGAAUGAACUGCACCGUCUGCGCCUGCCAGUUCUGCUGGCUCUGCCUGCAAGAGAUCACCGAUGUGCACUAUCUCAGUCCCUCCGGCUGUACCUUCUGGGGCAAGAAGCCGUGGUCCCAGACGCGCAAGGUGCUGUGGCAGAUGGGCAUGUUGCUGGGGGCGCCCGUGGUCAUCUCACUCAUCGCAGGCAUCGCCAUACCCGUCGUCAUCGUUGGCAUCCCCAUAUUCAUGGGCCGCAAGCUCCAUGGUCGCUGUAAGAAAAACAAUAUCUCAGGAAGCAAACACUACUUGACGGUGGCCAGUGGAGUCAUGAUGUCUGUAUUCGUGUCACCGGUCAUAGCAGCCAUCACUGUGGGUGUGGGCGUACCACUAAUGUUGACGUACGUCUACGGCGUGGUGCCCAUGUCGCUCUGUCGAAACGGGUGGUGCCGGCCUCAGACCGAACGGCCCGAGGCACAGAAAAUCCAGCUGGAGGACUUAGCCAACUAUCUUCUAUUUUCUCAUGUAGUCAGUGACCACUGGACAGGCCAGCCCAACCGGGCGCUAAGCAACACCAGCUUACAGGAAGUUCCUCAGCCGGUGUGCCCCGACUCCCCGGAAGACUCCUUACCGGACGAGCACGUGGUGGUCGUGACCUCAGCAGAGCAGGAAGAGGAGGAAGAAGAGGAAGAGGAGGAGGAGGAGAAGGAGGAGCGGGAAGAAGAAGAGGAGGAGGAGGAGGAAGAUGAGCACUCACAGCAGGAGGCAUUCAGUAGCAGCCAGACGUUUGCCUUGAGGGAGGGGACUAACAUCGAGGUGCGGGUGGAGAUCGAGGCCCAGCCGCGUGGUGCUAGGCAACCCAGCCUCAGCAGCGUACUGUCCAGCCAGAGCCUGUCUGGAGACGGAGAGUCUCUGCACCAAUCCCAGGAACCGCUGUGUGCCUCCUCCCACCACCAGGCCGGGGACAGAGACCUCCCGUCCACAGCAGCUGCUGAGAUGCUGAGCGUGUCUGAGCCCCUGGGGGGCGGUGGGGGUGGCGUGGAGUAUCCCACCUUCCCGCUGACCUUCUUUGGAGAAACCACACCACCCCUCUUAUAGUGAUGCUGGUCCUGGUUGCACCCCAUGCACACCCCUGUCUCACCUGCCUUGAUUAACCACCCCCCCCCCUUCCACUUAUUCAGUGCUAAGAUGGAACAGUGUCUGGAUCUUGGCCAGAACCCCCCUCCCCCCACCUUGGCCCUGGAGAGGAACCCUGGUCUUGGUCCCGGUUCAGAAGCCCUGGUUCCCCUAAUCCCAGUUAUGUUGAUUAAUUAAACCACGAUCCAGAUGCUGUUCCGGAUCCGGUCCGCCCAUGCACUGACACCUUCAAUCCAAUUACAUUUGAAGGACAAGUGCCAUCAGUUGGCAUACACAUAAUAAACAUACACUUCCACUGUUUUCUAUGGAAACCGGUAGUCGUUUUUCCUUCUUUACUUCAAAAACGGAACUGGUCUGACCUCGCCGUGAAAAAGGCUAAAUGAUCAAGGCCCACGACUUCUUCCCCAAACAAGCAACCAACCACUUGACUCUUUCUGUGCCUGGAAGCCACGUGGGUUACGAUAAAACAAGGGGACAGUGAAAUGAAACGAAAAUGUGAGUGAAGAAGCGAAGGAGAGCGUAGAGCAGACAGACUGAGAGCCUUGAGAGACACAUAUGACUUUGAGAGAAACAAGGACACGGGCCCAUGUAAGUGCCCAAAGGCAGCUUCCCCAAUGCCAUAAGGAGGAUUUCAGCUGAAAAAACUAACUGAAUGAAUAAAUAAAUCAAUAAAUAAAUAAAUCAAUAAAUAACGGACUCACUAAUAAAAGAGCAUGUUUGUCAGCUAGUCUGAUGGGAAUUUUAGCCUUGAGUUUUCCUCCUCUUUUUUGAUGUUUUUUCCCCCUCUUUCUUUUAAAGGACGUGGCUUAAUGAAAGCUUUGCCUUGGUGGCUCUAUGUAUUUUAUUUAUAUAGUAUAUGUUUCAGCCCUCCUUUUAAGCUUAACUGUUGGAGACCCUCCCUCCCUUUCUCCCGCCUCAAAGAGAGUUUUCAAUAUUUUAGGAGUACGAUUUCCCACCCGCAAGGAUGCAUAGCCAAAAUUUGACUCCGCGCAGUAACCGUACCCUAGCGCAGCAUGUCUGAGCAGAUGCUGCCUUUUGGCCAUUGGCACUGCGAAGCUACGGGCUACCACCAAUAAACAACGUUUCUAAUGGGCUUUUCCCAUAUGCUCUCUCUUUCUCUUUCUCUUUCUCUCUCUCUCUCUCUCUCUCUCUCUCUCUCUCUCUCUCUCUCUCUCCCUCCCUCCUGUGGUGUGUGUAGUUCAAUUAUGCAAGUCUUUUUACAUAAGUCCUCCUUAGCCCACCAACCCUGCUCCUUCUUUGCCCCCACUUUAGACUAGGAAGGCUAAAGUAGGCCUUUAGAAUGUGUUACUAUGGGACAGCUGAAGUCCCAAUCAACACUCAUUUUUUUUCAACAGCAUAAUGAGGCCAUGGGCCGUGUGCAAAACCUUCACUUGUUCAAUACACACUGUGCUGUGUAGGGAAGAACACAAUGCAUCUCAAACCCUUAGUAGUAACACACGACAUAGACUGUACUGUACUAUGUAGUGAAUGAGUCAAGAUUUAGGACAUAGCCUAUGCCAGUAGUUCCCAAACUGAGGGUCGGGAGGGACGCUAAGGCACUGCCUAUGCUGUCAGUGUCCGCCCUUGGAGUAAACCUCACUGUAUGUGUGACACUAGAGAAAAAGGUUCUCCAACACACCACUUCCAGACUCUGACGAGUGAACGUCCUUGACCUGAUUGAUGGGUGGAUCAUACGCUGUAUAGUUUUCAACCAGGGGUCAGUGGCCCCCACUGUUGGUCUGUGGCAGUAUUGCUGUUGGUCCGUGACUUGCUAUGCAAAUAAGUAGGCUACUACAAAUAUAGGGUAUACGUAAACAGAGUAGUCUGUGGACUAACUGCUCCCUCCGAAUGGUGGUAUGUGGGCCAGAACCAGUUGAAGACCCCUUAUCUUGCCAACAAGGCCCAAAAAGGUUCUUGGAAGAACCCCGUAAUCGUGUGGAAUCGAGUGGAACUAACUUGGACGUAGCCCUUUUGCUGUACCAUCUGAGGCACAUAACAUAGGGCCUUUAGUGCAAUACGACUCGGUCAUUGCCAUUCUGGUAACAGCAAAUUUAUAAGUUAUAAGUAUAAAUUUAUAUUUAAUGGGUUAACAAGGUUACAUUUCUUAAUUAAUUAGUAAAAAAAAGGUUUUAAUUUCAUCCCCAGGCAGGGGGGUGCAUGAGUGGAGUUUGGAGUGAGGAGAUUAUCAUUCUCAGGCAGCUUUUACUGUAAGUCCUGUGAGAGCCAGAGAAGCUUGUGAGGUAACCACUGACCCCCCACUGCAGUGACAUCAUUCAACACUGCCCCUCUAAACCACGCUCGCUCGCUCGCUCCCAAAACCUACUUAUGGCUGUUCUUGCAUUGCCUGGUACCAGCUCAGCUCUCUCUCUCUCUCUCUCUCUCUCUCUCUCUCUCUCUCUCUCUCUCUGUCUCGACUCAACUCACAUUUUUUGUCGUUUUUCCACUGGAUAAAAAUAUCGCUGUUCUGUGUUGCACAUGGUAUUGCAUACUAUUUGUUGUAUCGAUUCUGUAAAGGUUUCAGGGGUGUUGAAAUGGGUGACAUAUUACUAUUACUACAGAUGGUUAAGUCAACCAGUUGCAUUUUCUAAGCAGUGGGUGCAUCAAGUAUGAAAACAGCGAGUAAAAUGGAGUGGCUGAUGUGGUAGGCUACUAGGGCAGCAGAAAAUAGACUUUCUUCACUCAGUUGAGGUCUGGGGUGUCUGUGAACUGGGUGUCUGUGAAUGUUGACAGAACAAUGUUUUUGUUCAGUUUGUUCAGUCCUAUAAAAUGUUUUCUUAGUAGGAUUAAAAUGAGGUUCUUUGAUUUAUAAAAGAAAUGCAGCUCAACUUCCUCAUAUAACUCUUGUGCUUUUUUAUUGACCAUGGUCCUUCACUGACAGUUGCUUGAUCGCUAUCUGCAAAGCAGUCUCUUUCCUCCAAGUCCUUGAAAUGUUUGAUGGAUAUUUUGUGAAAGGUCUGAUCCUUAAAGGCGUGUAGAUGAAUGAAUGGAUGGAUGGAUGGAUGGAUGGAUGGAUGGAUGGUGGAUGGAUGGAUGGACGGAUCGACCAUUGGAUUGGUAGUCCUAGAUUUUAUUUUUCACAGAAUACGGACCCUAUUGUGCACUGGACAGUUUUAUGGUGCAGUUUUGGGGUUUGUUUGUUUGUUUGUUUUUUCAAACCACUACGCUUUUCAAAUCAGCCAGCCGUGCUGUUUAGAGCAAUAGUGACAUCCCUCACCUCAACGUCGAGUAGAGAUGAGCAGACAUGGCUGCGUCUGCCCUCCAGUUGGGCCGCUGAAAAGCACCACGGGCCGCUAAAAAGCUCCACGGGCCGCUGAA